ACGUCCGAGUUAUCCCCAGGCCGGGACGCGCCGGCCCUUCCCCUUCCCCUUCCCCUGCGCCUCGCCCCCACCCCCUCGCGGCGGCGGCGGAGGCAGCGCCCGUGCGCGGUGAGCCGGAGGGUCUCGACGGUUGGCACCCCGGGGUCCGCGAAGCUCCGUCGCCUCCGCGCCAUCCGUCCCGCGGGCCGUGGCGACGGCUCCCUCGGCUUUGGAGGCGUCCGUGGCGGCGGCACCGGAACCCUAGCGGCUGGCGAGGUGUAUCUUCUCUAUUCAGAGACUGACUAGGAGUUCAAGAAAUAAAUUCUUCAUCAGUUCAUUUUGAUUGUAACUGAACCUACAUGGCUAUGGUGCCAAGUGAUUCGUCACAUCACGGAGUUGUGGACAAUAGUCCCAAUGGCUUUACCCAGGGUAGGCGUGAGGAAGCCAGGAAACUCGGUCCAUCGUGGUAUUUCAGUAGAAAGGAAAUAGAAGAAAAUUCUCCAUCCAGGAGGGAUGGCAUUGAUUUGAAGAGAGAGAAUAGCCUUCGAAAGUCGUAUUGCAGUUUUCUGCAAGACUUGGGCAUGAAGCUUAAAGUGCCUCAAGUUUCGAUUGCUACAGCUAUGGUAUUCUGUCAUCGCUUUUACCUUCGCCAAUCCCAUGCGAAAAAUGAUAGACGAAUAAUUGCCACAGUUUGUAUGUUCUUGGCUGGAAAAGUUGAAGAAACACCUAGACCUUUGAAGGAUGUCAUUGUGGUUUCUUACGAGAUUAUUCAUAAGAAGGAUCCUAAUGCUGGUCAGAGAAUCAAGCAGCAGAAGGAAAUAUAUGAUAAACAAAAAGAACUUAUUUUACUUGGGGAGCGAGUUGUACUUGUAACACUUGGGUUUGACCUAAAUAUUCACCAUGCUUACAAGCCCUUGGUUGAAGCAAUAAGGAGAUUCAAUGUUGGUGGUGCAAAUGCACUUCCUCAGGUUGCCUGGAAUUUUGUAAAUGAUGGGCUGCGUACUUCGCUUUGCCUGCAAUUCGAGCCUCAUCAUAUUGCAGCAGGUGCUAUCUUUUUGGCUGCUAAAUUUCUCAAAGUGAAGCUUCCAUCUGAUGGUGAUAAGAUUUGGUGGCAGGAUUUUGAUGUCACACCACGACAGCUUGAAGAGGUUAGCAAUCAAAUGUUGGAGUUGUAUGAGCAAAACCGUACAACACAGGCACAAGCAUCACAGGGAAGUGAAGCUGAAGGGAGCUCUGCUGGUGCGCGCAAUCCACAUUCAUCUGUAAAAUCUGAAGCAAACUCCAAGGAACCAUCUGCUCAUGGAUAUCAUCAGGCAUCCAAACUGCCAAAUUCUUCCUUGACAGGUGCUCCAGGUCACCAUGACGUUGGACACUCGAAUUCAGACAAGCAUAUUUCUGGCCCGAAAAUGCUUCAAAAUGACAAUGGUAACCAUGGUGGCAGCAAAGAUAAGAGCAGCAAGAGUGGAAUUAAAUCUGAUGCUGGAACGGACAGAUCUCAUCGUGACAAAAAAUCCUCACCAGGACAACAUCAUUCCAAGUCCAGUCAUGAGUUUCGUAAUCCAAAGGAAGAACACCAACCACAUCGAUCACACGAUAACUCUAAUGAAACAAGAGAUGGUGUUCUUGGUGGCAAUGAAGCUCCUGGUGUGUCAUCCUCAAGGAUGGAUGCUAUGAAUAAAAUUGACAAGGAUAAGGUAAAAGCAGCUUUAGAGAAGCGAAGAAAAUCAAAAGGUGGAGUUGCUACAAAUGUAAAUGUGAUGGAUGAUGAUGAUCUACUUGAGAGAGAGCUAGAACAUGGUGUUGAAUUGGCUGUUGAGGAUGAGAAGAUCAAGCAGGAUAAGAGGCAGAAUUUGUCCCAUGGUAGCAUGCCUCCACCGGAUCUUCAACAUGUUGACCUUGCAAUGGAGAAUGGCCACAAUGGCGAACAGAGUGUGGCAACGACUGCUGAUGAUGGGGAGUUUCCAAGGAACAGUAAAGAACAACACCCUCAACCAUUUGAUAAGCAAAGUGAUGGUUAUGAGCACAAGUCCCAGCAGGAUGAUCACAUAUUGAAGCAUGACAAGGGCCAUGAUGCUCAGCUUGCUGGAAGACAUGAGCAGAAUGGAAGAGAUGACUACAAAAGGCCUAAGCUUGAAGGCGCACAGGAUAACAAAGUGUGAUUGUAGACCGGAUGCAAUUUGGCAUGGAAUUCAUUGUAUGAUAGGUAAUGCUGAGCAUGUGUCUUCACCAGUGCCUGAGGAUGUUGCAGUGCCUUGCAAAAACUGCUGAUCUGUGGAACAUCAAGAUGUCCACGGCUUUUGCGUAUAUUUGUCCCCCGUAACUGAUGGCAGUUUAAAACUGUUCCUAGAUCCGCACCAUGGAACAUCUUGAAAGUCGUGCUAGCAAUAUCAAUGUUUCAAUGAACAUUGGAAUAUAUGCACUGAAACACGCUUCUGAUAACAGUUCGUUCAUUUCUUCUAUGUGAUGUUUCAGUUAAAAUGAUGCAAAUGUUUCGAUGUGGCGUAAUAAACUUGCCUGAUAAGGCACAUAUAUAUGUGCUGCAUUCUUUUAA